AUUACCAAGCAUGGCAAAGUCUUCAUUUCUCCUCUUGCUGUAAUGACUCUGCAGUGGAGGAGCUGUCACUGUAAAACAGCUUUUCUCAGGAAACAAAUCUGACUCGGAGACACAAAGGGCACAGACUUUCAUAUGAAAUGGAGCACUGUUUUUUCAUACAGCUACCUCUCGAAGAAUAAUUGCAAUUUGGAUACUGCGGACAGAAGGCUAUGCCAACAGGGACUCCACUAGCCCUGGACUGGCACUGAGGUUUCUUUGUGUGCUUCACUGUUGUCCUGCCAGAGCUGGCUACUAGGUGCUGUGAAAAUCCUGAAGAUAUUCCAGAUACUGGCUGCAGGCACCUAGUUAAGCAGGUUUAUGAUAUGCAUCUCUUGCCACACUUUAUGUGGCUUCUCACAUCACUUCUAACCCCAUCAGCACUUCAUUUGCUCAAGGCCCUUCUUUGCCUUUACAGCUGGAACAGCUGAUUGAUGGUUUUUCCACAGUCUCACUACUGCCUCUCAAACGAGGCUUGGUAAUGUGAAAGACAGCUUUCCUGUUCUCCUGAAGUUAACUCCAAGCUGACCUCUCACCUCAAGUGGACAGUUUCUCAAAGAUGAGGCUUGGUGGAGCAGCUUCUCGCUACCUCAACUAUGGAAGGCCAACUUGGUGCUAACACGGACAUUUCUGUGAAAAAACCUCCAGGAGCAAGCCCUCCAUCCUUCAUUGCUUUGCUGAAGGUACACCGAGAGCUCCUGGUCAAUAGAAUCCGAAACACUCAGUGUUUGAUUGAUAACUUGAUUAAGAACGACUACUUCUCCACUGAAGAUGCAGAGAUUGUUGUCCAGUUUCCUACUCAAGCAGAUAAGGUUCGCAAAAUUCUAGACUUGGUUCAAAGCAAAGGAGAAGAAGUUUCGGAAUAUUUCAUCUAUGUCCUGCAGAAAGUCACUGAUGCUUACUAUGAACUUCAGCCUUGGCUGGAUGAAAUAGGUUACGAGCCUUCAGAGAAUAUUUGUAGAAAACCUGUGGUAAAUACAGAUCCAGUUAGCAGGUAUUGCCAGAAACUCAGAUAUGAACUGGGACGGGACUCCAAGUUUGUUAUGUCGUACACUCAGAGGGAGGAGAUGCUGCUUGAAGAAAUCUACUCUAACAGCAUCAUGGAGCUGGUCAAUUUUACCAAUGAGAGUCUUGGCCAUGUGGGUCAAUUAGAAGCCCUUUUUGAUGAUACAGUUGGACUAAUUAAUGAAGAUGGAGAGACUGUUUAUGUCUAUGGUGAUGCAGGAAUUGGAAAAUCCAUCUUGCUGCAGAAGAUACAAAGCCUUUGGGCCAGAAAAGAAUUGGACAUAGGGGCCAAAUUUUUCUUCCGUUUUCCAUGUAGGAUGUUUAGUUGCUUUAAGGAAGAUAAAGCCAUUUGUUUGAAAGACCUGCUCUUCAAAUAUAAUUGCUACCCAGACCAGGACCCCACAGAAGUGUUCCAUCACAUCUUGCAGUUCCCUCACACAGUUCUUUUCACAUUUGAUGGCUUUGAUGAGAUCUAUUCCAACUUUGAUCUCAGCAGUGUACCUGAGAUAUGUUCACCCCAUGAACCCAUUCACCCCUUGGCACUGCUGGUAAGCCUUCUCAGAGGAAAGCUUCUUAAGGGAUCCAAGAAAAUUCUUACAGCAAGGACAGGAACUGAGAUCCAAAGAAACAUCAUUAAAAAGAAAGUGCUGCUCCGUGGUUUCUCCAGCAAUAACCUGAAGGAAUACACUGCUAUGUUUUUCAAAGAUGAGCAGCAACGAACACUGGUAUUGAACCAGUUGGAAGCUAACCCCAAUCUCUGCAGUUUGUGUUCAGUGCCUUUAUUUUGUUGGAUUAUCUUUAAAUGCUAUGAGCACUUCUAUUCUAUGUUUGACAGCCAUGAGCUUCCAGACAGUUCUGUUACACUGACAGAUGUAUUUUUGCUCAUGAUUGAAGUUCAUCUGAACCGAUCUCUGAAAACAGGUUUGCUGAAGAACAACAUCAGGAGCCAAGCAGAGAUGUUCAAAUCCAGAAAGGAAACUCUUCUAGCUUUGGGUAAAAUGGCAUACAAAGGGAUGGAGAACUCUUUCUUUAUCUUUGAGCAGGAAGAGGUCUCCUCAGCGAACAUCUCUGAAGAAGAUUUGCAAUUGGGCUUUCUCAGGACAGUUAAAGGUUACAGUGGCUGUGACAGUCAGGCCACUUACGAGUUCUUGCACUUAACCCUUCAGUCUUUUUUCACAGCUUUGUUUUUGGUUAUUGAGGAGAAAGUGGGUGCCAAGGAGUUACUUGAGUUUUUCAAUGAAUGCUCUUUCACUGAGACUGCCCAGCCUACUUGCCUUCGCAUCCCUUGGCUGAAGAAACAACUGGCAGGGGAGAAUCCUUUCCAAAACAAAGAACACUUUAAUUUUACCAACAUGUUUCUUUGUGGCCUUCUUUCUGGAUCCAAGCAGAAGCUCUUCAGGCAUUUAGUUUCACCUGCAGUCCUUAAGAGGAAGAGAAAAACACUCAUCACAUACCUUGGGGAGAGCAUGAAAUCCCACCUGAAAGGCUACACUCGGUCCAGGCUUAAAAGCUACAAUCAGAUCCAGGUCCAGCCCAACUUUGUUUGGAUGCUGAGGUGCCUUUACGAGACUCAGAGCGAGAAGGUGGGGAAGUUGGCUGCCAAACGCAUGCACGCCAAUUACAUCAAGCUGGCGUACUGCAAUGCCUACUCUGCCGACUGCAGCGCCAUCUCCUUUGUGGUGCAUCACUUUCGGAAGCGCCUGGCUCUGGAUUUGGACAACAACAACAUCAAUGACUACGGAAUAAAACAGCUGCUGCCUUCUUUCAGCAAGCUUGCAGUGAUCAGGCUCAGUGUAAAUCAGGUCACAGAUCAUGGUGUAAGGAUCUUGUAUGAAGAACUCUCCAAGUACCGAAUUGUGUCUUUCUUGGGCUUAUACAGCAAUCAAAUCACUGAUGUCGGAGCCAAAUAUGUUGCAAAACUAAUCGAAGAAUGUUCAAGCCUGGAAUAUGUUAAAAUAGGAGCAAACAAAAUAACUAGUGAAGGAGGGAAGUGCCUUGCCCAGGCCAUCCAGAAGAGCAAGACAAUGUUUGAAAUUGGGAUGUGGGGUAAUCAAGUUGGAGAUGAAGGAGCAAAGGCAUUUGCAGAGGCCCUGAGGAACCACCCCAGGUUAACAAACGUGAGUCUCGCAUUCAAUGGCAUCACAACAGAGGGAGGCAAAAGUAUUGCUGAAGCUAUGCAACACAACAACUCCGUGAGAAUAUUCUGGUUGACUAAAAACGAGCUGGAUGAUGAGGCAGCAAUGAGCUUUGCAGAGAUGCUGAAGGUCAACAAGAAACUGGUGCAUUUAUGGCUUAUACAGAAUCAAAUUACAGCCAAAGGGGUGAAGUGCCUCAGCGAAGCUCUCAAGGAGAACACGACCAUUAAAGAAAUCUGUUUGAACGGGAACCUGAUAAGCCAAGAAGAGUCGAAAGCUUUUGAAAAUGAAGAACGGAUCAUUUGCUUUUGAAUGAGGACAUUUUGCCAAGUUCAUUUAACAAAGGUCACUCCUACGCUUGGACCACAGAGUUUAUAAAGGCAGAAAUCCACAGGGCUCAUGGCAGGAGAGACAUACAUGAUUAGCUGCCUUUUUACAAACAUGCUGCACUCCCUCAGCUCCAUCCCUUACCCUGCUUGUUAUUCCUAAUCCUUUUGGUGAGUGGGAAGUUGCCUGGGUAAAUAAUUAAUGUUGGUACGGGGCUUUGAAGAUGAAAUGCAAAGUGUUGUUAACAGACUAAAUCCACUGGCAGGUGUAUGCAUUUUGAUAACUGAGUUUAGGUUUACUCGGUACAGUGAUGUAAAUAAUUUCUAACUUAUUUAUAUCCUUAAAUAUAUACACACACACACAAAUACAUAUAUGCAAGAAAGGGUGCAAGAUGCACAAAUUCCACCAGCUCACAGUAUUACCUGCCUCAGAACUGAAAAUGAACAUAUGUAGCUUUACUAGAAACAGGAUCUAUAGUAGUUGCUUGGUAUGAGUGUUUUCAACAUGAAUACCUUCCUCCUGCCUAGAAAUUAGGCCCCUAUUUCUCCACUGACUACAGGCAGCAUUGUAAACACUGCUUUUUUUUUUAGUUUUUUUUGGGGCGGGGUAGAAGUGGAUACAUCAGGCUCAGAUUACUUUCAGUAAUCUUUUUUUUCCGUAUUGAAGGAAAUCCAUUUUCUUUUAUACAACCAGAAGUCCUUACUGCCUUCACUGUAAAACCAUAAAACUGUCAGUAAACCACUUUUGCUUAAAAUUUCCAGAGGGCUACAUGGAAACUGCUACCUCCUGUUUCCACAGUGUUUGUUCUGGGAAGGGGGUCUGGAGAUAAAUGUGAAAAAUUAAUUAGCAGGCUGUUCAUUGCCUUGGCUCUUGGCCUAGACGCUGUGCUGGUGGCAAUACACCAAUAUUACGUUGCCCAGCUUCAGUGGGGAGGAAGGACAAUUGGAAAUCAGUAGCAUCAAAUAGAAAUCCCUUCUCCCCGCAACGUGUAAGCACACAGAAGGAUUGAGAUUUGCUUGGAAAGCUUUUAGUCUAAGCUUGAAUUAGCGGAAAGAGCAAGGCAAGAGGCUGGUAGUAACAAUAAGUAGUAACCAGCAAGAAAACAUUAUUCCCCCCAAAAUAAUUAUUUUUUAGGGAGUGCAACUUUAGAUUCCCUUAAAAGAAACCAGUUUGCAAAGGACUGGGGUAUUGGAUUUUUUUUUGGUGGUGGGGGGGUGGAAUUAGGCAUGCUUUGUAAAUUCAAACUCUACCCCAUAGUGUAGGAACCUAAAAUAGAAAAGCAUGAGCCAUUUUCCUUCCUUCUCCUGUGUUACCACCCCCCCAUCCCCCAAAACUUUGAGAAACAAUUCUCCAGUAGCUGACUAACCCACAAAAUCUUGGCAGGCUGGAAGAAGAAUCUCCAGUUAAAUGCCAAACCAAUGAACCCUCACCUUCCCAUCUCCCCAAUCUGCUUCAUGAAACAAAGGAUGAGAAAAAGCUCGCUUUAUAAGUCAGAGCUUCUCCCUUUCCUACAUGAUAGUAGACCUUUCCCAAUCCCCCCCAUUCUGUCUACUCCCUUCAUCUCGCUUAUACAUUUUAAAAUACUCAUAAAUCUUUUCACAAAACCUACAG